CUGACUUUUGAGUACAAAUGAAAAAUAAAAUAAAUCUAAUACUAAAGUUUACAAAAUAAUCAAAUUGCAUAACAAAAACAAAUUUAAAAUCAAUUUUAUUUUUUAAAACUAGUGAAAAUAGUCUAAAGUAAUUAAAAUCUGUAAAAUUUUGCAAACGUCAUUUCAAGACAUGCUGACAAUGUCUCAAAACAGUUCCCCAGACAUUUCACUUAUCGAAAAAAUUCUCAUAAAAACAGAACUUAUGAAAAUUAAUGAUAACAAAUCUGAAAAAUCAGUAAGAAAUUUCAAAACAUCGCCAAAUUCAUCAUCAACAAAAUUAGAACAAAAUGGAUUGAAGACAAAGCGCAGAUCAUCAAGACGUACAAAAAAGCCUGUUAAACGACUGGAAUCAGCAACAAUAUUAAGAAAUGGAAAGAUAAAUCGUUCAAGAAAGUCAAAUAAUCCAAUUAAAUUGGAACAACAGAAGCAUCUUGAAUCUGUUAUUGUAAAUAUUGUUAAGAAAUUUAAGGAAUGUAAAUAAAUAGUUUAAAUUGACAAAAGAAAGAAGCUGUUGACAGAGUUUUUGUAUUGCUAAUUGGCAAACGGUAGCCAGCGAUAGAGGCAGCUUCAGGUGCCGUCUAAGGGAAGUGAUGGGUUGCAAUUGAUCUAU